AUCUAUAAUGCUCUAUAAUCAUUCAAUUUGAGUUGCCAGCAAGAAAAAGAUUUAAAGGUCACUAAAACCAUAAAGCGCGACUAAAUAUUUGUAAUUUUGGAGUGCAAGACUGAUCUGAGUCAGUGAAAUUUCAGCCAGCACACUGAGCAACAACGCAGAGGCAAGAUGAUGAUGAUGUAGUCAGCUAUCCGGGUUGGGUUGCGAGUAUCAGUUGUUUGACCAUGGUGGAUGUGUUACCCAGGACCGCCGCUCGUGGUGGCUUUGUCUCAACAAAAGCUUGGGUUUUUUGGGUGUUGCUCCAGUCAAUCGUGUUACCACGGACCUCGGCGUUCCGAACGGAGUCUUCCUUGUCGAGAAGGUUUUCACUGAUUCCGCGGAGUUUGCACAAUCCCAAUGCAAAUAGCAAUCAUGUUGAUGGUGCUGAAUCAGCAUGUACCUCAAAAAUCACUUCACAUCGACGAGAGGCUCUUGCCAAAUUCAUGGCUCUGCUCUCUGUAACAGCCACCACUCCGCCCACGCCAACCUUGGCAUUGGACAUGGAUGCCUUCAUGAGUCAGGAACUCUCGAGCAACCGCGGGAAUGAUGCUUCCUUGAAAGAGAUGAGUGACGAUGAAGCACUGUGCAAGUUUGGGCAGCCCUCCAAGGAACGGGGGGAGGCUUGUAUAAGAAUGGGCUUGCCUACUACCUUGAAGAAGGGAGGUGUAGAUGCGUUUGGCAAUGUAGAUCGGGGAACCUUUGUGCGUUGUAAAAUCAUCUAUGUGGAAGAUCCUAACUCACCCAACAAGGGCUUUCUCAUGAAGAAGACUGUUUGUGAUUGAAGAAACGAGAGCAUGCGGUUCUUUUGCUAGCUAUGAAUACUAUCUGCCGGGGAUCCACCGUUGUGCUGUUCACCGUGAACACAGGGUGGAUUCAAAAUUUCUAGGGCACACGUUGUGCUAUAAGCUACUGCUUCAUAAAUCAAUUGAAUCAAUACCAUCGCAUACAUGUCGCGUCUUGUGCUUAUUGUACGACAAUCUGUCCU